CCCUUUCAAUCCUUCAGCAUACGUACCGAUUACAUGGUAGCAAUAUCCAUCUCUCAUUGCAUAAAUAACACUUGAACCCGCGGCUAUUUCCAAAAAUCGGAUCAAAGUAAGCGCCCGCUCGGUAAUACGAGGUGAGUAAUCGUCCGAUCUCUUAUAUCUUAUAUUCACUCUCUUCAACUCGGGUUCGGCGUCUAUUUUAUACCACCACAUCCUCAUUACUAUUCUUGAAUGAAUCGACGCCAUCUUCAUUCUCUAUGCGACCAUCAAACUUCUACUUUGCGGAGUAGUAUGUGAAUAAAUCGCAUCGCAAGAUAAACAAGUAUUGCUAUUGCUUGUUCGAAUCAGAUAACCAUCUAUCACCCUUUUUCUUUCGAACUUGAACGAUCGCCAUGCCUUUGAUGGUUCAAAAUCCAGCCGAUUCGAUCCCGCCUCCAGCAUCCCCGCAUUUCCACUCACAUUCUGUCUUUCGAUCCUUUACCAUACCAGGCACCUUUACCAUUGCAGAAGAACCCGAAGAGAUCAUUUCAAGUCGAGCACCUUCACUCUCGCUCAGUCGAAAACAAUCAAGACCAUCUGAAGGCAACAUCUCAAAAGUUUAUCAAGACUUUGCGUCAAGAGAUGGUAAAGCACCGAAACGGGUAAGACACAACAAUAUGCAAUCAUCCGAGCUAUUAGUCAAUUAUGGCGGCCCGCCUUCUCAAUUGGAUGAGCGAACACCGACGACGGCAAUGAUUGCGAAUGACAGGGAGGCAAACAUGCGUACUCCGCGUCCACAUACAGCGGCUCCUGCUUCAUCUGGAAACACAUUCUCAGAAUCGGCAAAGUUAACUUCAAAUCCAAACACAAAAGCGCGCAUUCUACAAUGGCAACAAAGACGUGAUGCAAGUGAUGCAACGAUUGAACCAAGUGAUAUGCGAUCUAUGGAUGAAGCAAUCAAAAGUGCACCGGCAGAUACGAAUGCAUAUGCUACAGAUUCGUUAGGACGCAUGAGUACGCAUUCUUCCAUUGUUGCUGGUGGAUCUGAAUUCGGUCAUGGAAGUAGAUAUGGCAGUGAAUCGGGCUAUCAUCAUCAUCCGAGAGAAGUUUCAUCUGGCUCAGCAAUGAUGCGGAAAAACAGAAAGGUAGCCCCGCCUGAAUUACUCGUCGUUGUUCGUCCGCCACCCAGCAAACAAGCAAAUCCAUUGAAUCUGCAGAUUCAAUUAGUCACACCUAAUCAAGGCGGACCAACCACCGGAAGGGUAUCCGGUGAAUCUUCUCGAGAUGAUAUUACAUCUUCGAAUGCAUCGAGCUUGAGUAGCGGAACCAAUAACGUGAAUGGAUCUGGCGGCAAGCUCAAGUCACCCUCUCCGCCCGCAGCAUUGAGGAGAUCCAAUUCGGUCAGCUCCUCGCGAUCAGCAUACUCAGAAGCAAGCAGUGCAGGAUUGUCAACAGCAUCCGCUUCCAGUACAGGAAGAAGGGUAACGCCUUUGUACAAUCUCAACUUCCACAGCAUCAUGGCCACAACUGUGAAUGAUGCCGGUACAGAUCAAAAAGUUGCCAAAUUCAAUAAAAGGUGUGUGGAUAUUGAUGGUUUUGGUCAAUUGGUACCGCAUGAAUUGGCAUUAGGUGUCAACGAUGCGGCAACGAUGGAUCGCAGAAGGCGUUCGUUCACUGCGGUAUCUGCAAGUGGCGGUAGAGCAGAUAGCGGAAGUGGUGCUAGCGAUCUAAACUCUCCUGCAGAAGUACGAUCAGACGCUUCUCAUACGCGUAGUACAGAAGUUACUACGAUUCAUUCAGAUUUGGAUAGCGCAAGCGGUAGUGGCGUACAAAUGGCAGCUGGAAUGGUAGGAGGAGCAGGAAAGGAUAUCGAACCGCCAACUUCAUUCGAUGCAAUGAGUCCACAAGCAAAAGAAGCAAAUGUUGAUCCACUUUCUGGUUUGGGUAACAAACUUUUAAGAGGUUUCAAGCGUUUAAGCGUCAAUGCACCCGUACAAACUGUCACUCCAGCAAAGAGCAAUCAAUCUAUUCGAAGUGCAGCUACGAUGGAAUCGGGAAGGAAUGCACCUUCUAGCAUCAUGGCACGUAUGCGCGGAGCAGCAGCAAAAGUGAAGGAUGGUGAUAGUAGCAUGUUUGUUGCAUCAACGGAUGAAGCUGAAACGCUCAAUGUGCCAGAGGGAAGCGUGGCAGGAAGUGAUUCAGACAUUCCUCAAUUGAUCGUUGGAGGUGGUUUAAAGGGUGAUGGAACCCGAAAGACGCAAGGAUAUUAUUGGACAGUACGCAGAUGGAGCAGAAGAUUGGGGGAUAAUGCAGAGGAAGAUAUGGAUGACCUCGUACCUGGCAGGAAAGAAGCAGGAGCUAAUCCAAUCUUGAACAGUGUUUGGAAAAGAUUUAAUAUCGCCAAUCGUAUGGGAGGAGCAGAAGUUCAUCCUCCUGCUUCACAAAUUCCUGUUCGAUUCGAAUGGACACGUAGCGAAGUACGUAAACGAAGCACGGCCACGACAGGUAGCCAUCAUGGAAGAGCAGCGACCGAUAUAGGUACCCAGUCUGUAUCAUCACGAAGAGGAAGUAAAAUACAAGCCAAACGAGCAAGCUAUGAUGCACGAGCAGAAGAAAGUGGAGAAGGAUUGCGGUUACCCAAAAGCAACAGUAGACCUUCUUCGCUUUAUGGUACGCAAAAUUCACUUCGCGGAUCGAUUGAUCAUGGCAGUUCCGUUAGCGGCGGAGGAGAAGCAGAAGAAGAUAGCGACCCUGAAGAUAGCGAGACAAAAUGGGCUUGUCAUUUGGUCUUAGGUCCGACGACCAGGAUUCCAAUUGGCAGUUUGGCCCCUACUCCUCAUCAUCCUAAGCUAGUCGCGCAAUUGACUGUACCCUACCCUUUACCCGACCUAAGCCAAUCCGGUCUUGGUGCUGAUGGAGCAGGUCUCACAAGAGAAGAGCUCAAGGAUAUCAUCAGCGUGACAGCUUUGUUCGUCAUCAUUCGUGAGGCAUUUGGAGGCUUGGCAAAGCGUCGCAAAGGUGAUUCGGUGAUCAAAUUUGGAGCUGCUGCCGCUCAUCGAUGAAAGCAAAAACAACAUUUCUCCCUCUCUCUCAUUUCAAACGGUUUUCUCUUUACUUCAUAUAUCCUACAUACCCAGUCAAAUAGUAGACAUUCAUUCAUUCAAGUGACCCUUUUCUCCACUACUUUAUCUAAUCAUCUCUUUGCAGAGCAUUCAAAUUGCAUUCAAUGAGCAUCAAAUUCGAAACCUAUACUAUUGCAUUGAAUUAUUGAUCACAUUAGAUGAAGAUUAGGAUAAGAUGAUAAAAGAUUAAUGAAAAGCAAGUUCUUCAUGACCAAUCUUUGCCAAUUUUUGAUCAUAAUUAUGAUUUCUGUAUUGUUCAACGAUUCUUGCCAAUAAUUCACUCGUACUAACGCCUUCAGUAC